UGUGCAGUCAGUCUAGAGUCUGAGUUAAAGAAUGUGUUUCUGUACUUAACUGAGCAUUUGACUAAAAAACAACCAGCUCUACCUAUACAUAACAGGAGCUCUGUUGCACUUAGAAAAAAAGCAAGCCUUGCCAUUUUUUUUCUUGCUAUUUUAAAGACAUUUCAUUAUUUUUUUUAUUUUAUUUUUUUUUGGUAGUAGAAAUAUCUGCCGAUUUGAAAACAUAAAUAAACAAACCUUUCAGCCGCCUGAAAAAAAGGAGUCCUUAUAUUUCUGUUCCUAAGGAUAUUCUUGCAUUCAUUUUUUUGAAAAAAAAAAAAAAGCAAACAAAAAACACAUAUAUUUUGAGGCAUCUAUCCUCUCGAUAAAGGACUGAAGAGUCUUGCACCUGCUUGUGGAGGGAAGGGGGGGGAGGGAUCCCGGUCCGUAUUCUUCAAUCAUGCCCUCUUGCCGUGGCAUCUCAGUGACAGUCCUCCUGGCGCUCUGGGGCCUGUGUCUGAGCGAUGAAGCCAUCCGCUGCCCGCCCUGUUCCGAGGAGAAGCUAGCCCGCUGCAAGGCGCCGGUCGGGUGCGAGGAGACUGUGAGAGAGCCAGGCUGUGGGUGCUGCCCCACUUGCGCCCUGGCCAAGGGCAACUACUGUGGGGUGUACUCUCCCCGCUGCGGCUCCGGGAUGCGCUGCUUCCCUCCCCCAGGGGUGGAGAAGCCCUUGCACUCCCUGAUGCUUGGCCAGGGAAUCUGCAUGGCAGAAUCGGAGCUCACACAGUUACAAGCCACGGAAAAUGAAGAAUUGUGGAACCUGGACCAUCCCAACAACAGCCACAUUUCCUGCAGCCCGCAGGAUAAAAAGUGUCUCCUGAGACACCAAGCCAAGAUCCGAGAGCAAGGGAUAAAAAAUGGGAAGAUGAAAAACAAUGGGAAUCGAGAAGAGAACAAGCCUCUGGUCCUGCCACCAUGCCAAUCGGAGAUGCAGAGAGCUCUCGACAGACUGGCAACCCAAACAAGAACCCACGAGGACUUCUAUGCCAUCCCCCUCCCCAACUGCGACAAGAACGGAAACUUCCACCCCAAGCAGUGCCUCCCUGCUCUGGACGGCCAGAGGGGGAAGUGCUGGUGUGUUGACCAGAAGACUGGCAUUCGGCUGGUGGGGACCCCGGAGGACAAAGGGGAGCUGGACUGCCACCAGUUUGUAGAAUCGAUCAGGGAGUGAGCGUCGGUCGACACAGGGGUUGCCGCUGUGACCCUCGCGGGCUCACCCAUGAUGAAACUUUCUGGUGCUGAUUUGUACAGUGAUAGAAGGGACAAUACCACAUAACCUCAUAAGUGAAAAGUUCUAGGGUGUGCAAAGGAAACAAGUUACAUAAAUAGAAAGAAAGGGCCCUCUUUAUUUCAAUCAAUGUUAAAAUCGAUAAUAAAGAAAAAUAAAAUAAUAAAUAGAAAGGGCUCAGCUGACAUGCACGUAACGUAUUUUUUUUUUUUGAAAUUUGAAAAUGAUCAUUUGGCUUGGAGAGCAUGUAGGGUGUUUCGGCUGGAUACCAAGCCAAUGGUCCUAAUCACUGCAUAUUGGCUGUAGUUUAAGAAGCAGUUAGCUGUUUUCUUUUUUUUAUUGGCUAUCGAUAACACAAAAAAGGGACUUUGUUUAAUUAAAUCAUUAUAUUAAAGGUCAAAACACUUCCGCCUUGUUGAACUGGUAAGUUCAUUUGCACAUCCUAUCCAAUGUUUAAGCUACAAAAAAUGUUUUAAAAAAAUAAAUAAAUACAUUUAAAAAAAUUGGUUAUAUCCUAAGAAAAGGCACCGCAUGCAAGGAGAUGCCAAUAAAGUCUUCUGAAAGAA